GAUAUCGCGCAUCGCGGUUCGCGACAUUCGCCGUACUAGCUGCACAGCCACUGAGUUUAAGUCAAACCACUCUGCUCUGCAAUUUGGAAGGAAAGUGAUUGACAGACCAGAAUUGAUCUGUACGAAGGUAUACUUUUCUACAAGUAGUGGACUGCAUCACCAUUUAGCACGAAAAAUUCCCGAAAAAAGGUCAUGAUGGAUGGAAUGGAAGACAGUUCAGAUCUUCUUUCAGAUGAACAAAGCAAGGGUAGGUCCGAUACCGUUGAUCUGAACCUAGAUACAUCUUUGGUCGUGGACAUUUCAGAUGCUUUAAGUGAGAAGGAAAAAGUGAAGUUUACAGUUCAUACAAAGACCACCCUGCCAUCAUUCAGUGACAGUGAGUUUUCAGUCCAGCGUGAGCAUGAAGAAUUUGUAUGGCUUCACACAAUGUAUGUAGAGAACGAGGAUUACGGUGGCAUCGUGAUUCCUCCUGCCCCUCCAAGACCAGACUUUGAUGCUUCCAGGGAAAAACUCCAGAGACUUGGAGAUGGUGAAGGCACAAUGACCAAGGAAGAGUUCACUAAGAUGAAGCAGGAGCUUGAAGCAGAGUACCUGGCCACAUUUAAGAAGACUGUUGCCAUGCAUGAAGUUUUUUUGCAGCGGCUAGCUGCACACCCAACUCUUCGAAAUGAUCACAACUUCAAGGUAUUCCUGGAGUAUAAAGGAGAGUUGAAUGUUCGUGGAAAAAACAAAAAAGAGAAGUUUGGAAGUCUUGUCAAGUUUGUCACAAAGUCUGUUGAUGAAGUUCUCGUUUCCGGUCAAAAGGACGUGGAUUCCUUCUUUGAACAUGAAAAGAACUUCCUAGUUGAGUACCACACAAAGGUGAAGGAUGCUACUACUAAAUCAGAUAGAAUGACGAGGUGCCACAAAGACGUUGCAGCAGCCUAUAUUAAAAUAUCAGGGGGACUACUUGGCCUUGCUACUGCAGAAAAGACAGACUUGGAUAAAUUCUUCAUAAAAGUUUCAGAAUCUCUGGAAAAAAUCAGGAAACUUGAGACAAGGGUGGCGUCAGAUGAAGACCUUAAACUUUCUGAUCUUCUACGCUACUAUAUGAGAGAUUCUGCUGCAGCAAAGGAUCUGUUGUACCGCAGGAUGCGUGCACUUGUUGACUAUCAGUCUGCAAACAAAGCAUUAGAGAAAGCACGAGCAAAGAACAAGGAUGUGCAGCAAGCUGAGAUGAAACAACAAGAAUCGUGUGACAA